GUCACACGUGGGUCAAAUAAUCAACAUGGCGAUGCUCGCAGAGCCGAAAUCCAAGCAAAAAUGGAGCAGCGAUCCACGAAAUACAGCGUGGACCAAUGAUACCAGACGGUUUGGUUACCAGAUGUUGACUAAAAUGGGAUGGGAGAGUGGAAAAGGACUGGGUGCUAAGGAGGAUGGAACUAAAACACAUGUUAAAUCUGUCAAGAGGCAGCAGAACUUAGGUCUAGGGGCUGAGAAGUCUCAUGAAGAUAACUGGAUAUCACACCAGGUAGCAUUUGAUGAUUUGCUAUCUCAGCUUAAUAAUCAUGCAGAAAAUGAUAACGAGGAAAAGUCAGUGAAGAAAGCAAAGAGUCAUGAAAUGGAAAAGAAAGCCAGACAGUCCCGAAAAAGAGUGUUUUACAAUCGCUUCAUUCAGAGCAAAGACUUGUCAUCUAAAUCAGCAGAAGACAUGGCUUGCAUCUUUGGUCAGAGGUGUAAGUCAGCUCCUGGAACUCCUCAAGAACACUCAGAGGACGAAGAAUCGGACGAGAGUACUGCUUCCUGUCCGCCGCCAUCUUCUCACGGUGUGCAGACUGUAAACUCCGGACAAAGCAUUCAGGAAUACUUUGAGAUGAAAAUGAGGGAGAUGAAAGCGGCUCGAGAGAGGAGGCAGACAGUGGAGGUUAGCACUUUUCAAGAAGAAAUAGUAACGGGAAAGGAUCACAAUGAGGAAGUUGACGAAUCAGAACCGAAGAGGAAGAAGAAGAAAGAAAGUAAAAGAAAGCUUAAACAUGCGAUUGAAAAUGAGGAAUUGGUCAAUGGCGUAAGUGUUUCGCAUUCUUUUGAUGUGAAAUGUUCAGCUGGAAAGAGAAAGAGAAACGGUGCGGUGGAAGAAAGGAAAUCUGGAUUAGAAAGUGGAUGCAAACCCUCGAAGGAUAGGACGGAAGAAAAAGGAAAAAAGAAGAAAGCAAAAGAAAUUAAUAGUCAGACUUUAGAGGUUGACAGCAGCUCUUUGGGAAGGCUGGAAAUAGCAGAAGGGGUGAAAGAUAAAAAGAAAACGUCUAAGAGAAAGAGCGAGAAGGGGAUUGCUAGAUUUGAAAAUGAAGAUUUGGAAAAGUCGUCCGAGAGUAAACGAAGAAGGGACAAGACAAAAGGUAGCUUUAGCGACGAUAAAUCUUUUAAUGAGACAAUUUCCGAAGUGGAGGAAGCAAACGAUGAAGGCAACUUACGAAAGAAGAAGAAGAAGAAGAAGAACCAAGAUGUCGGUAAUAGUCUAGAAACUGUCGAAAGAAUGAAAAACGAGAAAAAGAAAAGAAAAAAGAUAAAAAAAGAAAAAUCUAGGGAAAAAGAUGGGGGUGACCGGGAAAGACCGAAACAAGAUUAUUUUAAUUCUACCGCCAAAAAAUAA